AUGGAUCGUAAAGCGGGGACAUAAACUGUUAUACUCAGCCUCACUAUUCUCAGCCUCCUCGCCCAGCGUUGCGUUGCGUCACGGGGAGCCGUUUUCUAUGUAGCCUAUCUAUAAAUGGCGGAAGAGGCUUUAAUUGAUUCUAGUGGGAAAAUUUCAGGGCACCUGACGAAGUCCCUGUUAGCUGUAGCUUUCCUCUCUUCCUUUGGCAGCUCCCUGUUGUAUGGCUACAACCUCGCUGUGGUCAACUCUCCUGCUGACUACAUUAAGGCGUUCUAUAACAGCACGCAGGUGAGGAGGCAUGGGGUGGGCCUGGAUGAGCAGACCCUCACGGUCAUGUACUCCGUCACCGUCUCCAUCUUUGCUAUCGGCGGCCUCCUGGGCUCCUUCAUGGUGGGAGUGCUCGUCGGCAGAUUUGGGAGGAAAGGGACGCUGGUGUACAGCACGGUCCUGGUGUUCAUAGGGGGGGCGCUGAUGGGGUCCAGCAGGUUGUGUGGCUCUCCUGAGAUGAUCAUCGUCGGGAGGUUCAUCACAGGAAUACACUCAGGGAUCUCGCUCAGCGUGGUGCCCAUGUACUUGGGGGAGAUCGCGCCGAAGAACCUGCGGGGCUUCCUCGGGCUCGUGCCCAGCAUCUUCAUCUGCAUCGGAGUCUUCAUGGCGCAGAUCCUGGGGCUGCACGAGCUGCUGGGGAAGGAGGAGUACUGGCCCUUAUUCCUCUCCCUGGUGGUGGUGCCCACCUUCUUCCAGCUCCUGCUGUUGCCAUGGUUUCCAGAGAGCCCGCGGUACCUGCUGAUUGAGAAGCGAAACAUCCACGCCACCAUCACAGCCCUGAAGUGGUAUCGCAGGAAGAGCAACAUCCAGGCGGAGGUGGAGGAGAUGCAGGAGGAGCAGCGCUCGCUCUGCUCGGUGCAGACGCUCUCCGUGCUGGAGCUGCUGCGCGACCGCUCCGUCCGCUGGCAGGUGCUCACCGUCAUGGUGGUCAACGCCGGCAUGCAGCUGUCCGGCAUCGACGCGAUCUGGUUUUACACCAACGACAUCUUUGAGAAUUCGGGAAUCCCCCCGUCACAGAUCCAGUAUACCACCGUAGGCACCGGCGCCAUCGAGGUCAUCGCCGGCCUGGUCGGGUGCUUCACCAUUGAGAGAGUGGGCAGAAGACCUCUCAUGAUUGGUGGAUUCACAUUCAUGGGAAUCUGCUGUGCAGGGAUCACGCUGUCACUCAUACUGCAGGUUCACAUGCCCUUCAUGCACUACAUCAGCGUGGCCUGUGUGGUGGGCAUCAUCGCUGGCUUCUGCAUAGGACCAGCCGGUGUGCCUUUCUUGAUGACAGGGGAGCUCUUUAAGCAGUCCCAUCGACCAGCUGCCUUCAUCGUAGGAGGGUCUCUCAACUGGAUGUCCAACUUCUUGGUCGGCUUCAUCUUCCCCUUCCUGCAGAUGUCAGCCGGGGCAUUCUGCUACCUGGUUUUCUUUGGCGUGUCCAUGGGGGUGGCCGCCUACGUCUACUACUUCAUCCCCGAGACGAGGAACAAGACCUUCGUGGAGAUCAGCCAGAUGUUCUGCUCCAAGGACAAUGCCAUGGAGAUCCACGCGCUGGGCGUCUCUGCGCACAGCAGCAAAAUGAACGGAUACGGCACACUGGAGGAGGACCUAGAGAAAUAGGGGGUGGGGGGGGGGGUGGACGAGACAACGACUCUGGAGAGAAAAAGAGGGAGCAUAUAGGGGGGGUAAACUGGAGAGGAAGGAGAGGAAGGGUAGAUUUUGCUAGCUGGCUGCAGAGGAACCAUGAAAAACCAUGAGCAGAAAUGUUGCACAAAGCUCUGUACUGUCUGUUUUGCCUGUCGGGUCAUUUGGUUUUAGCAUAGCGGAGCGGAGUAGAAUCUGUGCUCUCUGAAUAAUGCUGUACAAUCAUCUUUUUUGUUUGUUUGUUUGUUUGUUUGUUUGUUUUUUACUUACAUUUUUUUUUUUGUGCCUGACUUUUACGAAAGAGCUUCUUUGGCACAUCUCUGGGAAAAAAUCCACAGAGUGCCUUCCUUAGACGACUAGUGAGGCAUGAUAUGCCAUUGCAUAGGAAUGUAUAUGAAUAUGUCUUUAAAUGUAGGUUUUUACCUCUCUCCAUCUCUUGCGUCUGAAGGAUUGUCAGCCUCCUGCAAUUGUAGUUUGUAAGUUACUGUUCCUAUCUUGACUUCAUAUGGUUCCGGUUUUAAAUUCAUUUUUAUCGGCGAAUGGAACCAGUCCUAAGAGGUGUGUGUUGUAUAAGCAUUUAUAAGACAUUUAUCAUUUCACAAUGGUGCCUAUAUUUACAUCCUCAUGAAAUUGCCAAAUGGCCCUUUGAGUGACACUGACCGGAACAGAUGUCCUGUCCAGUGCACACCAGACGGUUUGCUAGCCGACCCCCGACCUUCGACCUCAGUUUCAGGGACAACCUCACACUUGAGCGUUUGUGUUUUUCCUUUUGUGUAAUAAAUAAUGUACAAAACUUUAAUGAUAUUGACCGUUUCUCCUCGCACAAGGGAGUUCUUGUACAUGGCUACUGUGGUAGUCAUUCUGUAUCCCAAGUCUGGAAACUGACCAUGCCUGUCAACCAGCCAUGUAUUAUGGAUAAAGAUUUUAUAAAUCCAAACAUGUGUCCCCAAAGAUGACUCGAUAUAUGUACAUUUAGCUAUACUGCAAUUAAGGACACAUGUGUGGCAACGUGUCGGUGAACUGUAUGGAAACGAUAAUAAUAAUAAAAAAGUCAUUUUGGAAAGUU